AUGCUUGCCUCUCACCUGGCCGGCUGCCUUUUGCAGCUCUUCCUGCGACGGGUCCGACACGCUUUCGUCCGUGUCGGCCGAAGCUUGGACUCCUCGGCUGACCAGCCGAACGGGCCGAAGGCGCUGGAGGAAGCCCAGUGGGCAAGAACCAAUGGCUCCUGGGCGGAACCGGGGUCGCCGGCUGUCGUCAUGCGCGAAGCCGAUCGGGCCGUGCUUCGGAAGCCGCCCGGCUGGGAGGUCUACGGCCAGCACACGAAGCGGCAGCUGUCCGAUUUCGCCAGCCAAGAGCUCGGCGCGAGGUCCAUCUUCCACGAUACGGGCCACUACCAUGGCUUCCUGCAUCGCUUGGAUGUGCCCAGCUCUGGCUUAGUCCUUCUGGCCGCGAGUUACGCGGCAUACUACGAUCUCCAGGUCCAGCUGCACUCGGGGCAGGUCCAGCGCGCCUACACCGUCCUUCACCAUGGCUACGUGCCCGCUUCCCUGAUCCAGGUGGAAGCCCGUCUGCGUUGGCACGGGGACGGGCCCACCCUCGCCGGGCGGGGAAAGCCUUCCCGGACACUUCUGGCGCUGCAGUGGUACGCGGACAGCCAGGUCGGCGCCGUGAGCCAGACCAAGCUGGAGAUCUGCACGGGCCGGAAGCAUCAGAUUCGGAGCCAUGCCGCCCACGUGGGCCACCCCGUAGUCCGGGAUGGUACCUAUGCACCUCGUUCGGUCGCUCGUCCCUUGACAUUUGGCUCUGGUCUGGGUUCCGAAGGACUGAUGGAGGUCCCUGACUACGGAAAGCUCGCGGACACGCCCGACAUUGGCUGCACCGGCAUCGCCUGGGUUUCCGGGAUCACCUCGGGCGCUGCUGUGAGGAGUCGCUGGGGCGUCUCCGAAGAGUUGCAAAGUUCGGGAUACAACCAGCCCAGCGGGCAGAUGCGAGCCAAAUCUACUCCCCACCUCUUCCGUGCUGCACAUACCCAGGCAAAACGGCAAAAGACCGACGGCCCCGAGGAGGAAGCGUUGGGUUGCCUUUUGAAUUGUUUGUUUGGGCGUUCCAUGCGGGGUGGCUGCGAAGGGUCAGCUAGGUUGAAGAGCGAUGCGGGCUUCGACCUGUCGGAAUGCACGCUGAACUGUAUCCCUGCCCUGGGCGGCCGGGUGCUGAUGCAGCUCACGGACGGGGGUAUGCAGUACCUCAUCGCAGGUGCCCGGGCCAACCUGGGCCUGAAGAAGGGCCGAUAUCUCUACGAGGUGAAGGUCGUGGAGUCCCUGAAUCCGGGCGAAGGUCCGCAGGGAUACAGAAGAGGAGCCGGUAGAAACGUUGUGAAGUUCGGCUUCUCUACAGAGGGGUCCUCACUGCUACUGGGUGACACGGAUGAGUCCGUCUUCUUCGACAGCGAGGGCUUCUUCAACGCGGAGCGCAAGCGCGAGCCCUUCGCGCAGCGUUUUGCCCUCGGACGGGACCAGACGGUGGCAGUGCUCCUCAACCUCGAUGGAGCGAGCCCCAACAAGAACACGGUGUCUCUCUUCAAAGAUGGCCUUCGUGUCUCGCAGCCGCACAAGCUCCCAGAGGCCCUGGUGGGGAAGACCCUCUUCCCUCACGUCUGCUUCAAGAACAUGACCUUGCACGUCAACUUCGGCUCUCCUCUCAUGCCGCUGCCCUUCAAGUGCUUGGGCGCCGCAGAGGCACCGAAUGCGGACGCCGUGGCGGCCAAGCCGCAGGAUGGCAAGUACGAGGUGCUUUUCCCGAUCGCGGUGCCUGACGAAGGUACAUUUGACUGGCUAGAUGACUUCCUGUCCAAGAACCCCAAAUUUGUAGAGCUGUCCGACCGCGCCAUUUUGAAGUGGGCCGAGAAGAGCGGCUUUCAAUGUGGCGAGGGAAGCUCAUGGAAGCACUGCAACGACAAGCCUGACGUGCAGUUCCGCGUGCCAUACUUGGACGACUUCUCUGCCCGGCGGGUGAUUCAGGCGGUGGCCCCCAUGCAGCCCAGGAACUAUGUCGUCAUGGAGGUGAAAGGGAACCUCAUCAAAGAGGAGCGGGAGCAGCUCCUGAAGCGCUUCGCAGACAGCUGCUACAAGACAGUUGCCCAGGUGGUCAUGGGAGAGCCCCCUGCCGAAUUCAAGGAGAAGGUGCACAAGGAGCUGCUGGCGGAGAAGCAGGAGAAAGUCACUCAGGAGUGGAAGAAGCGAAAGGCGGAAAGAGAGCAGGAAAGGAUCGCCAAACGGCGCCAGAAGGAGCUUGAGGAGGCCAAGAAGCGUGCAGAGGAAGAAGCAAAGAAGCGGCUUGAGGAGAUCGAGCGCGCAAGCGCCGCCGCUGCUGCGGCAGCCGCCGCCGCAGCUGCUGUGGAGGCUGCAGCUGCCGCAGCAGCCGAGGCAGGCGAGACGGAAAUCAAGCAGGAGAACGCUGCAGGUGGUGACGUGAAAAUGGAGCCGGCGGAGGCUGGCAUGCCGGAAGGUGCACAAGAGACCAAGGACGAGCCCAUGGCGGCGAAGACCGAGGUGAAAGAGGAGGUGAAGACCGAGGUGAAGGCUGAGGAGGUGAAGGAGGAGGUCAAACAGGAGGUCGAGGUGAAGGAAGAACCCAAGCCGGAGGAAGAACCCGAGGAGCCGGACGAGCCAUGCCCUGUCGCCGAGCUCGACGACGCAGACAAGGCCACCUGGUUCAAGAAGAAGGCCGUGACCGACCUGACUGCCUGGACGUUCGGAGGCGCCUUCGCCAAGUUUAGCAUCCCGGAGAAGGAAGAGGGCUUCAGCGACAUCCGCUACAGCUGGGCACCGGAGCCAGCUGCCAAAGAGUAUCUCUCGAAAUUCCUCCGCAAGUGCAAGAUCACCACCAAGAUCGAAGACCUUACGCCUGGCGAGUGGUUCAAGACCAAGCUCACCGAGUGGCAGGGCAUCUUCGAAAACUGGAAGGCCAAGCAGAGGGAGUUUCAGAUGCGGCCGCCGCCCCCUCCGCCGUCCGAUCCACCGGCAGAGGCCGCGCCCGCCGCGCCGGCCCCGCCGGCGCCGGAAGCAACUGAGGCUCCGGCAGAGGCGACGCCUGCCGCAGUGGAGGGUGGUGGCGAGGUGCCGCCGCCUCCUGUGCCGCCACCUCCAACCGCCUCCGAGGAGGCGCCCAAGGAGGCAGCCUCCGGCACGGAGCUGCCGAAGGAGCCGGCCAAGGACUCAGUUUUCUGGGAUUGCUUUGCUGGCCAGGCGUAG